AUGAAGCAGAUUGUCCAUGGCUUGGCUUGUGCAUCCUCUGGCUCUUGCCCUGUUUCCAUACAUAACCUUAGCACUCGAGAGUCCAUCCAACUUCCUCAUGUAAAACGAGAAUACAAUACAUUCACUACAUAUCACUUCGGGUUCAGUCCACUUACCAAUGAGUAUAAGGUUCUCCAGAUCUUCCAACGAUUUCGUCCCAAAACACCUAGAAAAUUGGAUAUUCAGUUCAACGUAUUCACGCUAGGCACGGAUUCUUCGUGGAGGCCAUUGCAGGUAGACCCUGGCCAUCUUCUUUUUGAUGCUCUAAGUUACGCCUUUGAGACAAACGUGAGAUGUAGUGCAAGUGUGUGCGUCAAUGGGGCCAUACACUGGAUGUACGAGAGGCAGAAAAUGAUAGUGGUAUUUGAGGUUAGAGAGGAGACAUUCAGGGUGGUGCCACUACCCCAAGAUUAUAAUCAAGAGUUUGGUCAAGAUAAUCAUGAAUACAAACGCAUUACUGAUGAUUAUGGCCAGGCCGAUGCAAGUAUAAUUGAGGUGGGAGGAUGCGUGGGUGUGUAUGCUGACAAGUCGUGGAAACAGAACAAGGUAGUGUUAUGGAUUUUGAAGGACCACCAAAACCUCGUGUGGGUUAAGGAGACUAUUAGCGUGAUGCAGAGAGAAGCAGGAUUUGUUGAAGUCUUGGGUACAAUCCACACAGGCGAGCUAGCGUUUGCGCUCUAUUUGGACAGAAAUACAAUCUGCUCAGAUUCGUUAUGUAUCGCAUCCACUUUUGGUUUUUGGGAUACUUCACCACUUAAGUUAGUAAGUAUUUAUGAUGAUAGCAUUGUCCCCUUAAAAUGA